AGAGAAAGUCAGCCUUGAACCUAUACCUGCACUGGCCUCCUAUAUUCGUAUCAUAACUACGGAGACAUUAUGAGUCUCUUGUCGGCGAUGGCACUGACACCUCGGAUCUUUACCUUCACCUCGUCGCGGCGAUGUCGGCGUCUCUGGGACAACCAGCGCAAACAUGCUGCUACAAACGACGGCCUCUUGACUGCGACGUCGGCGUCCGUCCUGCCUAAUCUCCCGACGUUCACGCAAGUACGAUGGGGUUUGACAAACACCACAGCCCAGCUCGAGCACACACACCACGCACGUUCGCCCAACCCACUAACACUCGUAUAACGCUCAAUUCUAUCAACAUCAACACUAUCAACAAUCACUAAGUAUUUGUAUGACACAGUUGACUACGCACGGGUUCCAGUGGCCGCGCAAGUCAUGAGACACAGCUAAUCCACUCUCACUGCACCCUACGCACACCUGUACCCCAUUGAGAGACUUCCCGGG